AUAUUGUCCUGAAGUCUGGCUACAUGUCUUGCUGGUCGGUCGGACUCGGAGUCGUUUUAGGGGUCCUAGUUCUGCUGCUGUGUGAUGGGGCCGGUAUGGAGAGGGGCGCUGUGUGGGACUGCACUGCAGCUGAGUCCACGAGGAUAUGGAGCACAUCAGAGCAGCAAUCGUUUAUGGAAAGCAAGGGCUUGGUGUCCUAACAGGCAAAAAUCAGAAGAUGAAGAUUUUACUUCACCUGUUGGUUUCUGCUUGUUAUGCAGAUUUUUUUGUUUUAAAAAAGAUUUGACUCUGCCCAUAAACAGAUAGAACUCAAAAGAAACACAGACUACUCUGGAGUAAAGUGGCUACCCAUGUGAUAGACCUUUGUAUUGGGCUAGACAGCAGGAGUGAAGUUCAGCUUCAGACUUCUGGAACCAAGUGUGCAAAUUACUAGAAUUCUGAGGUCCGCCAACUAGUGUCAGGAGCAAGAUCCUGGGCUGGACAAACAGUACAGAACCACCACUGGUAGUGGAGGUAACGGGAUAGCACCACAUGGCAAAUGGUGGUUCAACAGACAGAGCGAAUUACCUGUUGCACCCCAUGAACCAUAUACUGGAAUAGUCUACAUAUACAAGUAUAAAUUUAUUGUAAAAAUAUAAUUAAUAAAUCUGCAUCUGAGUUACUACAGAUUAGGGAUUUUAACACAGAACUCUAAAACUGGCCUCUAAAAACUGCAGCUGAGCUGCAGGAAGACCUGAUGAAAGACAACCAAUUAACUGCAAUCCUAACUAAAAUAGCAGAAGUAAGUCCAACUGAAUUUAAUGGCGCUUACUCACAGGUAAGAUGUUAAGAUUGCAAUCCUAAGAUUGCAUAACUUUUUCAGAUGUGGUACGCUGAGGCUGAGAGAUAAGUGAUCACCACAAAACCAGCCAUGCCAGAAAUAUAUAUAGCAAUUUUGAUUGCUGUUGUGGAAAUACUGGUAGUCUCUACAUAUCAUUCAGAAAUUUACCAGUAGAUCCCUAUGUACCUUCUGCCCACUUCUGGUCAAAACAUAUGGGAGCUCUCAGACCUCAUAAAAUAUUAUUUUAUAUUUUUAAUUGCUUUUUCAGAGAAGUGAAUUCAAAGCCUCUUACAAAAACAAACAUUAAAAACAACUGUGAAGACAACCUAAAAUGCUCUCAAUAAUAUGUAUAAAAGAGCAAAUCCAACUCAAUUCAACCCUACCCACCAAAAGUUAAGAAGAAAUCUAAGGUCCAAAGGCCUGGAUGAAUGAAAAUGAUUUUACGUGAGCCUAAAUACAGAUAGUGUAUGCCUUCCCAGGGAGAGUAUUCCACAAAGGAGGAGCUACCACUGAGAAGGCCCAUUCUUGUGUCGCCAUCCACACCUCCUUUGUAGUACAAUAUCACAAAAUUAGGCUCUGGACUUUACCUUGAUUUAUAUGAGUCUGAUAAUGGAACUUCUGCAGGACUGGCACAUGUUGGAGAGACAGUACCUGCUGCAGAGAUGGAUCCCAUCUUUAUCCAUGUCGGUGCCAAUGAAAUCACUCUACCUUGCAAGCCCGCAAAGAUGGAUUUUGUGAUUGGUAUGAAUCCCACCUACAACUGGAGCCUGGAAAAUGAAGAAACUCAUCCCCUCCAUGGUAAUGCUUCCCUGACUCUACAUGAAUUUCGUGCUGAGGACAGUGGGCACUAUGCCUGCACCGUCUCCUACUCAAAGGAAGGCCAGCACCAUACCAAGACUUUCUAUCAUACAGUGGUGGGCUACCACAUACGUGCAGAGUUGCAGGUCCUACUGGUUUUUCAGAGCAAAUCCUGUGAUGAGGCAUUGACGCAUGGGUUCCUGAAGACCCUGCAAGAGCAUCUGAGUAAUGUGGUGUCCCAUCUCCAUUGUGAUCUUUUAUUUGGGGGCGCCAGCUGCUUCCCCACCAUGGAGAAACCCUUGGAUGAGUUCAGCUUCCAGGUAGAGCUAGAAGUAUCUCCCUUUGGAAAGGGCUGGGAUAAGUCCUGCUGCCCCAAGGAUGAUGCAUUGGGAUUAAAAUGUUAUCACUCAACUGUCCAGACCAAUCUCCAACAGGCCAAGGAAGCAAUAACCACUUUCAUGGAGAACAACAAACACUUCCCCUUGGGAGAACCAGUUACCUCCCGCACUUCCUUUGUCAACACCUUUUUCAACUUUCUGGAGAGUGGAAAAUGCCAUAAAGGUUAUGGACAGACAGAGGAGCUACAGGCACACUGUCCCGACUGCUGUAGUGAGUGGAGCAGGCUCUGCUGCUUUCCCUCCCUCCCUUCCCCUCCAUGCCUUUAUCUGCCACUUUGCUUGACAGCCUUGUGCCCUCCUGGAACGUAUAGCGUGACUGCAGUUGGCAACUGUGCUCUCUGCCCGGCUGGGACAUACAGCCUGAACUAUGGGGCAACCAUAUGCAUUCAGUGCCACCACCACUGGCCGACCUUGCAUCCUGGUGCCAGAACAGCUGCAGAAUGCAUAAAUACGAAAGUCCCUCCAAGACGUCGGUUUUCCGUUCUGAUGGUAGCCUUUGCCCUCCCGCCACUUACUUGCCUCUGUAUUAUUGUCCUCUGCUGCUAUUGCUUCCGCCGUCAUUGGCAAAAACGUGAUUCUUCUACAAAUGAUGGUGAGACCAAGCAGCUAAAUGAAGCAACAGUCCUUGCUGACGAUAAAGCUAUUCUGGACUCCCAAGAAGAUGUCUCUCCCCUGCUGCCUCCUCCCAGUUUGGAGGAUCCUGACAAUAAAGGGGCCAUGUUUCCACCUCCUUCCAAUCUAGAGAUGGAGCCAGGUGGGGCUAUUUCACCACCCCCUGUUGGGCCAGAGGAGCAGCCUGUUAUUGAAGAUGUUGUGUUUCCACCAUCCUCGCCUGUCUCAGAUGUAGAAAGUGCAUGACUCCCAGUAGUAAAUUAAUGUCCAACAAACAGACCUGCUUCAAGUGUUCCUACAGGUUGCUGAUAUACUAACCAUCUACUGAUAUAGUAACCACUUGUUCCCUUGUUCAGUCUCUGGGCCCUGCAAGGACUUCUACUACUAUAGUUUUCUUGAGUUUGUUAUAGUUUUUUUCCUACAUCUGGAAGAUAAUGGAAGAGUUGAAAACUCCUUCAUCUCCUGUCAUAGUCCACCACUGUUGGAAGCGGUUUGGAAGGAGUGAGCCGAGCUUGAAUUUCCAGUAGGCAUGGUGGGUUACGGCUAGACUGGCCAAGAUCAUAGCAACUGUAGUGAAACAGUCAAAGGCUCUAACCUUCUUGUGGGAAGACAGACAGAACACCCCACAUCAAGCUUCUAUCUGUCAUCCAUCUCCCUUCCUUCUCCCCCUGCUCUCCCAAGACAUUGUCCUACAGUGCCACAAAAGAAGCAGCAACACUGCAGUGAUGGUUUUGUUUGUGUUUCUGGCUAUCACCCAGUUGAGAAGAAACCAAUCUACAGUAGCUACACUAUGGUCUGACCUUUACAAGUAGAAGUUGGAAAACCAAGCCAGUCAGGUUUGACUGACAGUUCAAAAACAGCAGAUUCAAAUUCCAACCCCUCCUAGCUCCUAAAGGUUGAACAAAUGCAUGUCUCCCUCAUUUUUUAUGAAUGUUGGGAGGAGACUAUGCAAGAGCCUCAGACCCACUGCUUAGGCCCUGCUCCCUUCAAUGACAGUCCUGAACACUGUUGAGCAUGCUAUACACGGCAGGGUCUUUCCUAAUUAUCUUAGUAGGUGAGGGGGCUCAUAUGGAGAAAAGCAUUUUCCAAAAUAUUCUAUGCACAGAACACUUCUUGGAGAAUUGGGGCAAGUUUUUAUGUCUUUAUAUACAAGUGUAAACACCUUCCUCUCAAUUUUAGCCACAACUUUCUAGGGCUCAGCCCAAAAACCAGCUUUCACUGUCAGGACAUUCUUUUUUUAUGUAUGAAGUGUGAUACUAGUGAAUGCCCACAUAACAGUGUACCAUCACAAUCCCUAGAGGAGGGACAGUUGUAGGAUGUUUAAGCUUGUGCAGUGUGUGCCUUGCCAUUGCACUCCUACAGCUAAAUAACAGUUUUAGGAUUGAGUACUACCAGGCUACAGGGUCAGCGGCUGUGCAGGCUAGAGACCCAGGGCUAUAUUACUCCCCACCACAACUCUAGUUUCUGUCUUUUACAGUUGUUCAACUGGUGUGAUGGGGUUUCCACCUCUUACAAGAACCUCUCAGUGUGUACACUGAGAAGGGGGCAAGAUUUCUCUGAUAGUGUUCAAAUAAUUAGAGCACUCCCAUGGCCUGGGUAAAUUGGCUUAAAGUCAAAUACAUCUUAUUAACACAUUCUGAUUAAGCAAAUGCCAACCUAACUGAUUCUGUGGGUCGUGCACAGAAGAAAUAUGUUGUUAUGCAAAAAAAAAAAAAAAAAAACCCAGCAAAGCCUGAACAUUGCCACUGAUUUUCCAAUGUUUGUGAGGGUCCUGCUUACCAGAGCCUUGUUAAUCCAACUCCAGGUUUCUCCUCCUCCACUUCUAUUAUUUAGCAAAUAUCCUUUCCUGUUCUAGUUCCCCUGCUCCUAAUUUUCAUUAUCAUUUGGUAUGCUCUUUGGAUUCAUCCCUGUGUAUUCAGAUUUGUUCAGCUAAAACAGGCUGGAGUGGGGAUUACUAACCAGACCCUCCUAGAGAUUUUGCGCAAAUGUACAAAGCAGUUCAUUUUAGAAAGCAUGCUCAGUCUGUAAGUCCAUUUGUGAAUCUUACCUAUGUAGAUCUCUGAGACUAAUGACUCACAGCAGGGAAGUCCCUGUAGCAGGACACAACUGUACUCAAUUCCUACCAACAAUAAGUUCAGCUGGUAGCCAAUAAUGACUUACGAAUUGUCCUGAACUCAGAAUAAGAUAAUGAGUGUCCACAGAAUUGAAAUGUAAAAAUAAUUAGCCAAACCCCAUCCUUUUAGCCUACUUUUAAAACACUUUUCCCAAAACGCAAAGAACUCUUGUCUGAAAGGAAGAAGUUUCCCAAACUGCUUUAUUCUACAAACAUAAUCUCAGAUCAAGGAAGUUCAAAAUCUUGCACAUUAUAUACUGCCACACAUGUGGGUUUAGCUGAGCAAAUCAAUUCCAUGCAAAACAACAAAAGGGGAGAAAAAGCCAAACCCCAAGAUGCAGAUUUUUUCAUCAUGUAAACUGAAUACAUCAAAUGAACUGAAGUGCUACCUGCCUGGAUGCUACUCAGCAUUAGUGAUGCACACAAUGCUCCACUCAGUUGAGUUAACCAAACCAGCCCCACUGAGUAGUUACAAAGAAAGCCAAGAAAAGUCACAUUAAAGGUAGACACCUACAUAUGAACCAGAGUUUUAAGAAUACUAUUUUACACUCAUAUAUAUUCUAACCAGAUUGCUCAAAAGUAUGUCCCAGAGAUUUCAAUGGGGCUCACUGUUUAAUCCAGAAGUUCUCCUCAGUGCACCUUGGAGAUCUCCUGUCCUUUUGACCUUUUGGAUGUUAUGCUGGGAGCAAUACUUUUGGAUGGAGAACAGAGACAGGCAGCUGGACUAGGACACAGACCUCCCACUCCAGAAAGCAACAGCACAAGAGAAGGUCCUAUGGACUUUCCCAGGGACCUAAGCCUCCUGCUCUCUCUCCCAACCUGGCCCAUACAUAGAGGCCAGAGGUCCCAGCCAUAUAGCCCAGUGCUGGAGAGAGAGCAUCUACGGAACACCAUAGACUCAACAUGCAGCCCAAGAUAUUUUGUUGCCUGAGGUAUGGAAGAUGGACCCCUGUCCAUCAUUCCAUGUACAAAAGCCAACCGGCAGUUAAAUCUUGGAUGCUAUCUGCACUAUGCAUUUAAAGCAGUAUCAUGCCACUUUAAAAAGUCAUGGCCUCCCCCAAAGA